CGUUCUCCAGAGUUCAGUCCGAUUCCGUGAGUGUGAGUAGCACAAGUAUGCGUCAGGGUUGAUAUCGCUCAGUGAGGAAGCGCGUCUGCUGUCCGUGAGGUCGUCGGUUUUCGGCGAAUUUCGAUUGACAAACUGUGAUUUUGCUUAUCAAUCAUCUACCGGACAGUGCGGGUGACACUAAUUGAUUAAAUUUUCGUGUGUUUAGUGCAGGUUUUGCAGUGCAUCGAGGUUUAGGUGGUGAUCUUGCUGGUAGCUUAAAGACAGCGCAGUGCAACGAAAAAGACGACGAUCAAGAAGAGGACCGAUCUUGGACGUAUAAACAUACGGAGGAAAGCUUGUUUUUUGCCUGAUGCUGCUACCAUCAAGCAGCCCCUUUACUGCAGCAGGAGGAACUACACUCGAGGGGUGAUACUGAAGUGUAUGCGUGUGUGUUGUAAGACGAACCAUCUUGCUCACCGAGGUGUGUAAAGUGUGUAAAUAUAAGAACCUCACACGGAAAUCGUUCCAGCAAAAUGCUCAACAAGCAACUUCUUUCGUGGUUUCUCCUCAGCGGAUUCAUGAUCGUGUGUUGCUCAGCUGAUGCUGGUAGCUCUGGCGGAGGUCGGAGCGGGGGUCUCUACAACUAUGGCGGUCUGUCCGCCGCCAACAGUGGUGCUCCUGCAGCUUCCUACUCCCGCAGUUUGAGCCCGCAACGAUUCUACAUGCCAGGAGGUCUAGGCAACCCCGAAGAUCCGAACCGAUACCGAUCGACGACCCCCAGUCAGCAGUCCACGGCUGCUCCCAAGACGAACCGUAUCUCCGCUUGGGGAAUCAUCUCGAUCGUGAUGUUUGUGAUCAUGAUCGGAGCCGGGGCCUACUGGGGCUUCAUCUGCUAUCCUUUGGUGUGCAAGAAAGAACGAAACUACAACAUGAUGAUGAACAUGUCCUCCGCGACCACUGCCACUCCGACCAGAUCGACGGAGUUUGAGAAACUCGAAAACUACUGCUCAAAAUCGACUACCUCGAGUCGGAGCAAUGACACCGGUAUCAGCAAUAUUUAGAAGACUCGUGUGACCUAGGUCAGGAACAGCAGCUACUACUAGCUGAUAAGCUCGAACAGAUCAAUCCAACUUACAAUACAAGUGUGAAUUUGAACGCAUCUAGUUAAGGACUGCUUAUUGCGCAAACUCAAGUUUUUCGGCUUGCCAUACGAAUAGGUUUUUUUUAGAUAACAAAUUUAUACAGCUCAAGUGAACGAUAAAAAAACGAAUGUGAGACAGGACUAGAAUUAAGGAUAAGAACGAUCGACUAAGUUAAUUGCUAAGAGACUGAUGUUUUGAUUAAUGACCCGAUAGUAUUACGAUUGAAUACAAUCCCAUAAGACAAGAAUAAAUGUAUACAAUUUUCCAAUAAUU